AUGCGAGACACGGUGUCCUCGGUGAUCGCGCGCACUACCUUUGAUAACGAUCCCAAUGCCAAACCCCCACUGCCUCAAUCAGGCCGAUACAUUGAACUCGACGACUUUUCGCGUCCUGAAUCACCCGUUCUAGAUGCAACCUUGAAUGAGAACUUGCGCGCGGCGGCUGGACAGCGCAGGUCGAGGGUGUAUUUUCCGAAUACGCUAUGGACGCGCACGUUCUUCACAACGGUGAUCAUCGAGACGAUCGCUACGGUUGCAAUCGAGUCAUGGGUCUUCAUCAGUAUAUCAGAUCACCUCUCCAAUCUCGGCUCAGAUGAUGGCUCGUUACGGCUUCGCUCUUUUCUCGGAUUAUACAUUUUCGCUCUCCUCUACGAACUUGGUCUCUCCUACGAUGCCUUGCGACGCAAAAAUACCUUCCAGCUGGUCGGAUUAUGCAUUUGUAAUCUGGGACUGUUUACCUAUGGGAUUAUCCAAAUCUGGGAAGUGAAAAAGACGAUCAAGAGUCUUGCGACCAAUAGUACAAUCAGUCUGGAUCUGUUCGAUCAUUAUCAUAUCGAGCUAAUGCUUGUUCCGAUGAUAUUGGGAGUUGCGGCGAUUAUCAUGAUGGGAGUGACGUGGAAAUUGCGGGCGGAAUUCUCGUGGUCGAUUUAUAAAAACAUCAGUGCCGAUUUGCAGAUGAAUCGGAGGUAUUAUGUUUAUCAGGUAUACAUCGCCUUGCUGAAAUUUGACUUUUUCUUCAUCUUCGGAAGUCAACUUCAACUCCUUCUCGCCAUGGGUCACAUCGAUGAUGAUUUCAUAAUUAACGCCGCCAUGGUACCCAUUGCUAUCCUGGCACUCUUUUUGGCUGCAAGAUUCGCUCGAAAUGAAAAGACUAAAUCCAUGUCGAUUCCUGUAAUCUUCAUCUGCGGUCUCAUUGCUAGUGAGAUAAAUACGCUGUACAAAUUGUAUACCAACAGCACCGAUGGGCUGGGAUCCUACAAAGUCUCUUUGGGCCUGUUCUCCUCAAUAGCUAUCUUGUUGAUGGCCUGCACAAUCAUCAACUCGAUUAUGUGUAUUCUCAACUUCAACAAGGGUUUGAAAGAUCACAUUGAUCAGCUGAGGGGAACCAAGCCAGCUGUGGACGUUGAAGGCGACGCGGCCAUGGUUCAAAGUCACGCUUUGUACUGA